AGGCCAUUUAUGUUUCUUUUAUUAUGAACGCAUUUAUCGGUGUAUUUAAGUUUUAAUGCAAACAAAAACCAGCGCAGUCUUGGUUUAGUGUUCGGAAGCCAGCUUUUUUUGUUUAAUUAACGACAGGCAGGCGUAAGGUUAGCAGUGGGCUGGUGUAGAAAAAGAACCGAGGCUGCGCAACGAGUCGGUCGGAGAGUCGAGGAGGAGCACGGCUCAGUCAGCUCCACCGCCACAGGGAAUCGGGGCCCGAGAGGGAGCCUGCCGGGCUCUCGGCUUGAUGCACCCUGCCCGCCUCGCCUUAGCCGCAGUCCGAGAUGGGGGAGACCAAAAUUAUCUACCACCUCGACGAACAGGAGACACCUUAUCUGGUGAAAGUACCUGUGCCGGCGGACAAAGUCACUCUGGCAGACUUCAAAAAUGUCCUCAAGAAACCCAGUUACAAAUUCUUCUUCAAAUCCAUGGACGAUGACUUCGGGGUGGUAAAGGAGGAGAUUUCUGACGACAACGCAAAGCUGCCCUGUUUUAAUGGACGUGUGGUGUCAUGGUUGGUCUCUGGAGAUGGUGCCCAAACAGAUGGAGGCUCAGUAGCAGAUAGUGUCGAGCCACCACCCCCUUUGGAGAGGACUGGCGGCAUUGGAGACUCAAGACCACCUUCCUACCAUGGGAAAGCAGCAAGCGGUCAGGACAGUUUGGACAACAACACAGAGGCUGGUUCCGUGGCGUCUCAGAGGAGAGAGAGGGAGAAGCCACGACGGAAACACAGCAACGAGCAUGGUCAGAAGGAUGGUGGAAGACAGAACGGGUACUCAUCGCGGGCAGCAGGACGUGGAGGUGCUGAGUAUGACAGCUGUUCCUCCUUUAUGAGCAGUGAACUGGAAUCUACUUCCUGUUUUGAUUCAGAGGAUGACGAUGCAACCAGCAGAUUUAGUAGUUCCACUGAACAGAGCUCUUCUCGGCUAAUGAGACGACCCCGACGUCGUAGAAGGAAACCAAAGGCCUCCAAUAUGGACAGGUCAUCAUCAUUCAGCAGCAUCACAGACUCCACGAUGUCUCUGAACAUCAUCACUGUCACCCUUAACAUGGAGAAAUACAACUUCUUGGGCAUCAGUAUUGUUGGUCAGAGUAAUGAGCGAGGAGAUGGGGGAAUUUACAUCGGCUCUAUUAUGAAGGGUGGCGCUGUGGCUGCAGAUGGACGUAUAGAGCCAGGAGACAUGCUGCUACAGGUGAAUGACAUCAACUUUGAAAACAUGAGCAAUGAUGAUGCAGUACGAGUGCUGAGAGACAUAGUGCACAAGCCAGGUCCCAUUACACUCACUGUGGCUAAGUGCUGGGAUCCUAACCCUCGGAGCUGUUUUGCUUUGCCCAGAAGUGAGCCGAUCAGGCCAAUUGACCCGGCUGCAUGGGUGUCCCAUACAGCAGCUAUGACAGGAGUGUACCCCCCAUAUGGCAUGAGCCCUUCUAUGAGUACCGUUACCUCCACAAGCUCCUCCAUCAGCAGCUCUAUUCCUGAGACUGAACGAUUUGAUGACUUCCACCUGUCGAUACACAGCGACAUGUCAACCGUUGCAAAGGCUAUGGCUUGCCCAGAGUCAGGUCUUGAGGUGCGAGACAGGAUGUGGCUCAAAAUCACCAUCGCCAAUGCUUUUAUUGGUUCUGACGUAGUGGACUGGCUAUUCCACCAUGUAGAGGGGUUCACAGAUCGCCGUGAAGCACGUAAAUAUGCCAGCAACCUGCUGAAGGCCGGUUACAUCAGACACACGGUCAACAAGAUCACUUUCUCUGAACAGUGCUACUACAUCUUUGGAGACCUUUGUGGAAACAUGACCCACCUCUCACUCCAUGACCAUGAUGGUUCCAGUGGCGGCGCCUCAGAUCAGGACACCCUCCCACCUCUACCCCACCCCGGGGCAGCUCCCUGGCCCAUGACCUUGCCCUACCAGUUCCCCAUUCCACACCCUUAUGACCUACCACAACCCUACCACAGUGGACCAGGUGCUGGCAGUGCAGGAAGCCAGCACAGUGGAAGCAGCGGUUCUAACUGCAGUAAGAAUGAGGACCGCAAAUCUGGCGGCAGUGGCAGCGAAUCUGAAAUCAAGAGCCAUCGGGCACCAAGUGAGCGUUCAGCAGCACCCCCUAGUGAGCGCAGUGUCCGUAGCUCUGUGAGCCACCGCAGUGCCAAAUCUCACUCAGUCGCCUAUGGUCCCAGUCUCGUCUACGGCCCCCCUGGUCUGCCCCCUCUGUCUCCACAUCUGUCUACAGCCGCCCCUGGUGCCCCGCCAGGAAGAGAGCUGGCAUCUGUGCCGCCAGAGCUCACCGCCUCUCGUCAGUCCCUGCGCAUGGCAGUGGGCAACGCCGGAGAAUUCUUCGUUGACGUGAUGUGACGCACGUUGCUGGCCAAUCACAAAGUAACAGAUUGGGCUUUCUGGUAUGAUUGUAGGUCUGCCAGUGACAACACGAUGGGCGGGGAGGGAGGGAAGAUUCCAAGUCUUGUAACCUAGCGCCUUGGUCCCAUUUUCCUAAAAGCAGAAAUGGAUCCAGUCAUGCUGUGUGCGCUGAGAGAAAGUGUGCCUUCUCUCCUGUGCUUUUCUUACUAGUAGUGGCCAUACUUUUCUUCAGUGAAGAAACUCCCUCUUUCACAAUGGAACCAAAGCGUCUCCCUGUGUUCACUCCCUGGCUGAGAAGAGAUUGAGAAAGGACAAAGGAGGAGCAAAAUGAGCAAGGCAGCAGAAAUGAACAGCUGGGGAUGACUCAGCACUUUUUUUUUCUUUUUUAAGAUGUUUUUCAUUUGCUCUUGCCUUCACUCUUCCCUGCUCUGUUUUCCUUAUCUGUCCACCACCAUCCUGAGAAAAGCCUCUUUCCUUGUUUGUUCCCCCCCACACCUUUAAGUCUUCUUGCUGACCUCUAACCAGAAAACAAUGAAAGCUGGAGCGAAUACUAACUUGUUCAUGUUUUAAAUGUUUGCUUAAAAUAUGAGAGAAGAAAAUUGUAUGUAGUGCAGGAGAAUCGCAGUCCUUUCUGUAAGAAUGAAUCUUUUAUUACAUAUGUAGUUGGUGACAACUAGUUUUUUUGUGUGUUUUUCCUCCCCCUCCCCUCUCCUCUGACACUAAACCUGAGCAUUGUGCUUCAUACGUCUUUUGGACACUACUGCAUUUUUCCAUCUGUCUCCUGGAGCAACUUCAGUCUGUCUUGUGAUAUUGUAUAGUGGUUUCUUACCAUGUCUUACACACUACUUUUAUUAAGAAAAAAAGGCUUUUUAUUUAUAAAUAUAGUUUUAUGAGUUACC